UUUUUCUGUUUGCUGCAGGCUUUCAAGGAGAUGCUCUAUGCAGCUCAGGACCAGGCCCCUUCUAUAGAAGUCACAGAUGAGGACACGGUGAAAAGGUAUUUUGCCAAGUUUGAGGAAAAGUUCUUCCAAACCUGUGAGAAGGAACUUGCCAAAAUCAACACUUUCUAUUCUGAAAAGCUUGCAGAAGCUCAGCGCAGGUUCGCUACCCUUCAGAAUGAACUCCAGUCAUCUUUGGAUUCACAGAAAGAAACUAGUGGUCUUACCACACUGCGGCAGCGCAGAAAGGCAGUCUUCCACCUGUCCCAUGAGGAGCGUGUUCACCAUAGGAACAUCAGAGACCUAAAACUGGCCUUCAGCGAGUUCUACCUCAGCCUCAUCUUACUGCAGAACUAUCAGAACCUGAACUUCACAGGAUUUCGUAAGAUCCUGAAGAAGCAUGACAAGAUCCUGGAGACACCCCGGGGUGCAGAUUGGCGGGUGGCCCACGUGGAGGUGGCACCAUUCUAUACUUGCAAGAAAAUCAACCAGCUUAUCUCUGAAACAGAGGCCGUGGUGACCAAUGAGUUAGAAGAUGGAGAUAGACAGAAGGCCAUGAAGCGUUUACGAGUCCCACCCUUGGGAGCUGCUCAGCCUGCACCAGCAUGGACUACCUUCAGGGUUGGCUUGUUCUGUGGCAUAUUUAUUGUGCUGAAUAUCACUGUCAUACUUUCAGGUGUCUUUUUUAUAGAUGGACCAACUGUAUGGCCACUGGUGAGAAUCUAUCGAGGUGGCUUUCUCCUGAUAGAAUUCCUCUUCCUCCUGGGCAUCAAUACGUAUGGCUGGAGGCAGGCUGGAGUGAAUCAUGUCCUCAUCUUUGAACUCAAUCCCCGCAGCAAUUUGUCCCAUCAGCAUCUCUUUGAGAUUGCUGGAUUCCUUGGGAUGUUGUGGUGCCUGAGCCUGCUGGCUUGUAUAUUAGGCAAAUUCACCCAUGUCCCUAUGCAGGUGAACCCACUCAUCUUGUAUGGAUUCAUGUUGCUUUUCCUCAUCAAUCCCACCAAAACUUUCUACUACAAGUCCCGGUUUUGGCUGCUCAAACUGUUGUUCCGAGUGUUCACGGCCCCCUUCCAUAAAGUAGGCUUCGCAGAUUUCUGGCUGGCCGAUCAGCUCAACAGCUUGGCUAUGAUACUUAUGGACCUGGAAUACAUGAUCUGUUUCUAUAGCUUUGAACUCCAGUGGGACAACAGUGCUGGGCUGUUGACAGGUACAGAUGAUCAGAUUUGCAACAGCUACUCCUACGGAGUGCGAGCAGUUGUCCAGUGCAUCCCUGCUUGGUUGCGUUUUAUCCAGUGCCUGCGCCGUUACCGUGACACCAAACGGGCCUUUCCUCAUCUGGUUAAUGCUGGCAAAUACUCCACCACCUUCUUUAUGGUGACAUUUGCAGCCCUCUACAGCACUCACAAAGCUCAAAACCACAGUGACACCAAAGUGUUCUUCUACUUGUGGAUUGUCUUCUAUUUCGUCAGCUCCUGCUAUACCCUUAUUUGGGACCUGAAGAUGGACUGGGGUCUCUUUGACAAGAAUGCUGGUGAAAAUACCUUCCUCCGGGAAGAGAUAGUCUACCCACAGAAAGCCUAUUACUAUUGUGCCAUUGUGGAGGAUGUAAUCCUGCGCUUUGCCUGGACCAUCCAGAUCUCCCUCACCUCCAUGCAAAUCUUCCCUAAUGCCGCGGACAUCAUCUCUACUGUCUUUGCACCCCUUGAGGUUUUCCGGCGGUUUGUGUGGAAUUUCUUCCGCUUGGAGAACGAGCAUCUGAACAACUGUGGUGAGUUCCGUGCUGUCCGGGACAUCUCAGUGGCACCAAUGAAUGCUGAUGAUCAGACACUACUAGAGCAGAUGAUGGACCAGGAGGAUGGUGUCCGAAACCGCCAGAAGAACAGGGUGUGGAAGCGUAGCCAGAGUGUGUCCCUGCGCCGACCUAAUCUUUCUUCGCAGUCCAAGGCUCGUGACACUAAGAUAUUGAUAGAGGACACAGAUGAUGAAGCAAACACAUGAAACGUCCACAGAGUCUAGUUCCACAUCCCUUGUUUUCUUGCUCUACUACCCUUUUCCCAACCAAUCCAACUUCUGGUACAGUUCCAGCUGAAAACAGGAGAAAACACUGAACACAUUUUCCGAGCUCUUCCGGACCGGAUCCUAUGGACUCCAACAAGCUCACUGUGUUUCUUUUCUUCUGGUUUAAUUUUGAUUUUCUACUUUUUAAAUAAAUAUUUACUUCGUUUUGCCAAUCAGAGGACAGUUAAGGAAAGAAGUAUCUAAGGAUUGUUUACAAUCACAACAAAGACACAAAACCCUAUCUCGAUGAAGAACAAGCAUUAUAGGGACUCCAUGAUGGGACAGCACCGAGCAUACACUCGACUUCUGCUUGGCCCGGUUUCGACUGGUUGAAACCGGACUUGGAUUUUUAAAUUUGGUUGUUUUUUUUCUUUCCUUCAUAUCCAGCGCUGAGGCACUGGCUGCACUUGCAGGGAAAGUGCACUUAGAGCAGUACCUUCAUUCACGAAGCUACUUUUAAUUUGAUGUAACUUUUCUUACCAUUUCUUUGGAAAUAUGAUGUAUUUGUUGCAUACAGUUUUCACAUUAUUUAUGAAACUUAACAACCAUCCGAGAAUGAUUUGUUGAGUCCUGUGCAAUGAAGGCGAUAACGGUAAAACAAGGCAGGGGGGUGUAGAUCUGGAUCUCUUGUGAGAGUUGUACCCUGCAAAUACCUCUUCCAUGAGAUAAUUUGCACCAGUUGGACUUUUUGUCUCUUCAGUUUAGUUUUAUUUUUAAACCAAAGUUUUUCUUUCUGGUUUUAGUUGCUGCUGCUGCUUGAGAAGACCUGAGCAUGUUUCACAUACCAGUUCAUGCUCCUCUUGUCAUGACUGCAAAUGAUUCUGAGAAAUUUUUUAAAGGAGAGUUGUAAUAAAGCUUGCCACAAACAUCUUGGCCAAAAAAAACCUUAGGUUUUAGGUUAAGAACUGGGUUUUUUUUAAGCCUUAAUCUUCCUGAGGUAAGGCUAGAGCCUAAAUAGGGAUCUUUUCCAUUGUUCCAUUUCAGCUAAAUACAGCAAAAAUACAAGCGGAUGAGAUGAGGACAUGAUCUUUCCCAUGUAUGGGAACGGGAUUUGUUACAUGUUUUGGUUCAUAGGUGUCUAAGUUUCAAAGAAUUGGCACCUCCAGCCCUAUUGGCUGUGGGGCAGGGAGGCUGUUGUGUGUUCUCCAUAGAGUAAAGAAGUUGGGAUUGAAUUAGACUUUAAUGACAUUUUAUUUUAUACAUCUUCCUAGGCUUUGGCAAAGCGCUCUCUGCCAGUCACUGCCCAGGCACACCGCCAGGUUGCUUUGUUCCUUGCUCAUCCCUUAUGCCUUGUCCCCAGUCUCGUCUGUCAACAGUUGAGCGGUAGGUCAGCCUUUCGCUAAGGCACGUGAUCCUACUCAGCAGACUAGGGUUUAAAGUCAGUCUCCUGCUUAUCAAUUUCAGUAGAAAUGGUGAGGCCACCUUGAUAAGCUUUGCAUAUUUUGACGCGCGCACACACACACACACACACACACACACACACACCCACUUAGAAGAGAGCAGUAUAAGUGUUUGAGAGGGCCGCGCCCUGCACCACUAUGUGCAGAAAACGCCAGUGUUGAAUACUAAUAAAAUCUUAUUUGUCUUGCUCUAUUGCAUGUAUGGUUAACACCAGGAGCUGGGGAAAGCUGCUUCAGUUCCCUUUAAUCCUGCCCUUAACCCAAGGGUUGACUUUACAGUAAGGACUGAUGAAGACUGCACCCUUUUCGGAGGGGACACAGUCGCUGCUUCUGCUGCUCUGUGCCCUUGUUUUUAACCACUCUUCCAUGUAUCCUGAAUAGCUCCUCGUUCGUUGGCCAUGCCAGUAGCCAGCCACAUACAGAUACUAUUCGGAUGCCAAGUGGCAGAUGAACACCCUUGACUAUGUAGAAACCAGUUUUGACUUUUGUAUUUACAUUUCUAGCUGUCAGAUGCUAGGAAUCUCUGCUUGGCUGCUGUUAAAUUAUUUUUCUUUCUGUAGCCAAUCAUAUGGCUUAUUACAUAUGGCUGGUGCACUGUUUUUUCUAACUUUGCCUAUUGUGCCUCUGGCCCAGAGGAAUGAAAGAAGGAAAUUUUAUUGUAUUCUUUUAGUUUAAAUAGGGCAAAAUAACUUACCAUAGGUUGGUGAUAGUGAACUGUCGUCUCUUGACACAGUGAGUGUUUUCAGUUACUAGCAUUCUCAUGUUGCACCCAGAACUUACCAGGAAACUUUGGUGACCCGCCAGGAAAGGCCUCAGAAUUAUCACUGAUCUCCUGAAGGUGAUAGCGUGAUGACGGUGGUAUAGGUGAUUUGUGUAUUUUUCUUUCUCCACCGCAACCGAGGCCCAGCUGGUAUUUCAGCGCCAGCCCACACCGGUGAGAGGACUCUGGACAAUACAGACUAACACACGAUUCUGUUGUUGAAUCUUUUGGUACCCAGGAGUAUGGUUCCCCUGAUCUUGACUCACUUGUGUUUCUUGUUCAGACAAAGUCAGAUGCACUUGUCCGGCAGGGUCAUGGAGUUUGAGAUGGAAAGCCCUCUAAGUAUUUCAGCCCACUGUUUGGCAUUUCAGUGGUUUUUGCUGUGUUCAUAAUGUUCGAGGCCACUCGGAACAGAGAGCUCAUUCUCCUGGGAGGUCACUAGGACGCUCUGGCUAACAGAUUAUCGGCAACAAAAACGGUCAGCAGAUAGUGAUGCUAUAUAUGCCAGCAGGCAAUUUGAAAGGAGUAGCAGCUAAACCAAGGGGCGCAAGCUGAACUAAUUAAGUGUCUUAAGGAAGUGUUGCUUUUAAAAAAGAGGGUGGGGGCUUACUGAUAGCUCUCCCUUAUCAAAGGGAAAGUAUCAUUGCAAUUACGGCAUCGGAAAAUAUUUUCUAACUUGGUACGUAAAGAGCUUAAAGCAGCACUCAACAAAUAGAGGCAGGUGAAACAUCAUGAGUUUCUGAGCUUAGGAGAAUGGAACAUGUUUUAUUUAGUCUGCUCCUGAUGUGAGUGGUCCUGCAUGUGCUGAUUGGCUCACCUCUUAAGCGAUCAAGUCAAUAAGAACUGAGGUCUGGGUCGGUUUUUUUUUCCCUACGGUAUCAAAAUUCUGGAGGAACUGAAAGCACUCCCAAAUUCUGUUCUGUGUUACUCCCACCAUCUUUCUCUUCCCACCCUGCAGAAAAGCCCUCUGUUUCUGGCUGUUUUACUGCCAAAAAAGUUGGGAGGGUGGUUUACAGUGAGAGAACUAAUUGAUGUUCUCUAACUUGAUGUAAAAAUGCAUCUUGUUUGACAGCGAAGCCCACGUGUGAAAUGGAGGUGUCUAUAUGCCUAGGUCAGGAUGCCUGAGUUCCUGGCAUCAUGGUCCAAAAGAGCACAGUUUCCAGAAUCCCUGUACUCCCUGGUGCCGCAAGAGCUUGUAGUCCAUGACUACAUGGAGAUUUCUGAGCCAUUUGGAAUAUAGUUCCUCUCAGGAGUUAGUUCUAAAAACCUCUCUGGUUCCAUCUCUGAAUAUACAGUAAUAUAUGGCCAGUUAAAUGACAUCUAAUCGAGCAGGACAGCUGGCGAAAGAAAUAGAACCACCUCUCUUACGGGAGCGAAAGACAUCUUCCCCUCUGAUGGUCGGCAUUCGUGAAUGACCUUUGCAAAUAUCACAGAAGGGGUAUCACUCACCAGUAGAUUUUUUUUUUUUUAAGGGAGAUUCCCCGUUUCCCCACCCUCCCUCCCAAAGUUCAGAAAGUCAAGUUGGCCACAUUCAUUCCCUGUUUAAAGGGGUCUCCAUCCCUGCCAGACAGCUGAAGUUCCAUGGGGAUUGUCAAGCGGUGUGGAUCAGGCAGAUCUCUUCCCAGGCUUGAGAUAUUCACCAUCGUGAGUCCACACGCAUCUCCAGUUCUCUCCGUCUUUCCUCCAGCUUUUAACUGCGGCAUGAAAGUGAGAUUUCGAUCACUGGCAUGCGCUCCUCACGAGUCCUAGCUCGUUUUCUAUGCUUUGCUGAGGGGAAGGCCGCACUCCCUUUGCUCCGUUCCACAGAUGAAUUUCAUCCAAGAGGAGAGAGGCAACUGGGAAAUAAAAAGCAUUGGAUUCUCUGCAUAGGGCUUCACAGAGCAAAGCUUAGUGAAGAGGGGCAGAAAUUCUGGGAGAGAAGAGUUCCUGUCAGGCUCAUUCACUGCUACCUUUAUAUCUUCCUGCUUUCUUAUGGCUGGAUCCUGAAUAUCUCAAUGUAUUCAUACUUCUGGAAUCCAGAUACAUUUGGGAGGCAAAUUUGCUUGCUCUGUGCCCUCCCCAACCCCACUGUCUCAGCUGGGUGCUGUCAUGAAGAUCAGUGCAGAGGCAGAGGUGCAGGAGCGUUCAGCAGAACACUGCAGGAAGAUAUCCCCAGAGUGGUGCAGUGAGCGCCAUCCUCUGAAAAAAGGAAGCUGCUCUUGCUUCCCUCCUGUUGGCUGCUCUCAUUCUGCCAGGUGCUUUUAUCCGCUGCUUCCCACAGGCCAAAAUGAACAAAUUGUCGUUUUCCUUCUCCUUGCCCCGUAUGUCUCUUAACUGAUGCCUUGUCUCAUAACGGAUGACUCCUUGCACAAGAAAUGUAUCCUUCAGGCUUGGCCUCUGGGCAAGGGGAGGGGAAGAAUGCACUUGGCUGUAUAGUUUUCUGUGUUGCCCAUAUGAGGCUUCUGUGUCUAGGAUCGCACAUCCCCACAGCAGUGUAGCUGCUGGAGGAAGGGGGGAGGAUUCACUCUUUUGGGCUGCUGCACUAAUUGCUCCUGUGUCCGAUCUUGGGGUAUUUUUACCAUGAAUCCUCAAGGAGUGAAGGGGCUCAGGGCCACGUUUUCAAACUUGAGCAAACAUGGCCUGUUUUUCCAAGGUGCUGAACGUGCCCUGCGGGCAGCUCAUCAUUUCUGCAAACCAGGUGACUAUAGAAGCACCUAAUUUUAGGCAGCCAAGUUUAAAAAUAUCACGCCCGUUUUGGUGAGUUAGCAAUGAAGCGUUUAGCUGACAUGAGCUCUUCUGAGCGCAAGACGGCCUCGGCUAGGAAGCAGAUUGAGUAUCUGCACCAAGGUGCUUACCUUGCCUGCCCACCCCCCCUUAGCUCUUUCAGCAGUUCCAAAGCCAAAGGGGAGGAAGGUGCUUUGCCUUGCACGUUAUUUCUGGAAGACUGUUGGUUUAUUUUGCUUACUAGAGAAGAGGGGCUUGGGUCCCCUUGGGGUGGAGGUUCGUUAUACCAACUUUAGGUGUACUCACUCAACUGUCAAGCAAAUCCUGUCUCUUAACAUCAUGACUCCUGUGUGACUUGCGUCCCCAACAUUACUCUUAAUGUGCUUUGGGGCAAAAGGUAGCUCUGCCACAACGUGGAUUUAACCCAGUACUUAAUCAAACUGCUGCCCUCGUUUAUCCGUGGGAUCGCAGUCCCCACCCCAAAUUAAUGGGAAAAUCACCAGCGUGACGAAGGAAAUGUGGACUUUUCAGGGGGAAAGUGGCCUUUAAUAUUGGGUAGCUCCUGGGACCGAUUGCCUCAUCCCUGCUGCCCAGACAAGUGUGAGGUUGCUCUGUCCUAUGUACAUUUCACAGCAGCAUCAGUGUGUUAGAGGACAGGGGACAGGAAUUGGGAAUCCUGGGAUUAGAAUAAGGUCGUAAAAUAUAAUUCUUUCAGAGUUCUUAAAACAAAUUGUACGAGCCCUUCCGUAGAGUGAAUCUCCUCCGCCUGUAACGGUUUGUGACUGUCAACUUCCUUACUAUCCUGUGGAUCCUUCUUGCAAACAAACAGUAUUUGGAAGGGACCCGGGAUAGAAAUGUAUUUGCUGCUUCAGAAAUUUUCCCUUGCCUCACUGCCAUUUUUCUGUACACUCCUCUCCCCUGCUGUGUUGGUCUAAAUGAUGAUUAUUCUAUGAAGCCCUGAGCUGUAGAUGUCAAAAGUAACUAUGGAAUGUGAUUAGUCCUCUGUGGGUGCUUUCUUUCUUUCCUCCUUUCUCUUUUGCUAUCCCCUUCUCCACUCUUCUUUUGGCUAAGUGGAAAAGGUGAGGACAAAGAAUUGCCGCUUGCUUGGACUCAUGAUGUAUCUGUGACUGAGCUAUUAGCUGUCUACUUUUUCCUUCCUAAAUGGAUAUAACAUUUUUUAAGUGUGGAAUACCCUUCUUGAUAAGUAGGUUUUAAAAAAAAAAUGCACAAUGUGGUACUGUUUCAUAGUUUCUAGGUGGUUGUAUAAAACAAAGUUAACUGUGGUUAUGUGUUUUUAAAAGGAAAAAAGUGAUUGGUUACUAAAUCUGUCCUUUUUUUCAUUAUUACAAGCUCUUUGUUUUCCAAUGAUUGGAUGGCUCCUUUGUCACUGGUGUGUAGUGUGUGUCUGUCUGUUUCCUCUCUGGGUGAUACCUUUUCAUUUCUGAACAUCAACACUGCCUUCACCUGCUUAACUCGCCUGUAGAUUUAUAAGCCAGAUUAUGAGAGGGGUGGGUUUCUGAGAAAGA